AUGCCUUCUCGCUCACUUGGUCUUCUCUCUGAACAGACACACACGACCGGACUUGGCAGACUUGGCUAUUUCCCACCAGUCCCUCUCCGUCGAGCGCGCGGACCCUUCUAUUUUGGCGCGCCAGAAGCAGGUAAAGAGGCGCGUGCUGCGGGUGAGCUGGGUGAUGCCUACACUGACUUAUUUUACAGACACGAGGAACGUUUCAGCCUCUUUCUGUCCCAGAGUAACACAUCACGGACUCUACAGGCUGGAGAGCAAGAGCUACUCGCCGCUACUCUGAAAGGCAAAGUGGUCUGUUUCAGGGACUAAGACCUCCAACAGAAAAUCAGACCUGUUGCUGAAGAAGUACAGUUCACCUACAUACCAGCCACCCUGUUCCUCAACAUCUACUGUGACUACGAGCCAGGGUCAGAGUUCAACCUGGAGUUCAUUGCACAGAGCUGCCUGAACCUGGAGCUGCAGUUCACCCCCUUCCAGCUUUACCACACAGAAAUGCAGUGUGGAGAUGGAUGCAGUGAGACAGUGUUUCUGCUCAGUGGUCAUGACCAGAGGAUUCAUCUUUACAAGGAGAACUCUUCCCUUCACCAGUUUGAAGAGCAGCCAGUGGAGAGACUCAUCCCUGAGCUGAAAGACCUGCCCAGCAAUGUGUUGUUGCUGGAUGUGCUGAGUAGAGGCGGUGGUCGUCUCUCAGCGUUUGGCUGUCAGAACGGCUGCGUAGGUCUGGCUCUGGUGAACCAGAUUGGACCUGAGGUUGUGUAGAGUUGGCGAGUGCAGCAGGUCAUUCCCAUCUCCACCGCGCUGCUCAUCCCUCUGCAUUCCAGGGCAGAGCUGGCGGACCCCGACAGGGUCGGAGAGGGGGAGUGUACGGAGCUGCUUUGCUACAAGGUCCAGCAACCAAUGAGAGGGACAGGAGGACUGUUACAACCGCAGUGGAGGCGGAGCUUCAAGAGCCCAUUGCUGUCCGUCAUCUACUUGGACUUGACUGGAGAUGGGCUGAGAGAGCUGGCGAUUCUAACACUCAAGAGGCUGCACAUACUACAGUUCCCCUCUCGUCCUCUCUCCAGGUCCAUCAGCGACUGGCAGACAGGGUGUCAAAGCUGACCACUGGCUCGGAAGUUCAGCCAAUCACGGAAUGGGACACUGAAGAGAGGGAGGCUGUAACCAAUGAGUCCCCCGUCAAACUGAGAACCAACCACCUGUUUUUUUGUUACCUGUUCCAAUAAUGACAGUUUUCCAUAAAGUAUCUAUAGAGGGGGGGCUGGCUUAAUGGACAUCCACGGCGCCCGGGGAGCAGUUGUUGGGGGUUCGAACAGCAGAUUUUUCCACCUUGCUGGCUCUGGGAUUCAAACCAGCGACCUUUCGGUUACUGAUCCAACGCUCUUAACCGCUUGACUACCUGUUGCCCCCUCUAAAAAACGGGUGAUAUAUCAUGAAAUUAUUCCAAAAUGAAUA